UUGCAUUCAAAGGCAAACGUUUAUAAAGUACGCUAUAUAUUGCAUACUUUUAGGCGGUAACUUGCCAUUUUAGAGUAUCUCAUUGUUUUGUUUCAAGCGGGGCUAUUUGGGGCAGCUGAAUUUUUUUUAUCGUUUAGCUUAGACUUCAGGCUUUAAUUCGGUAUAUCUACAUAUGUCGACAGCGGUAGACAGCGCUAAAAAGAUGCACCACUUUGAAUUUGAAGAACAUUGAAAUUUUAACGUCCAAAUUAUGUUGUUCCACAAAAUUUUUUAUGCAUUAUCUUUUUCAAUGGAUUUUGAUGCAAAUUUUUUCUUUGAUACAUAUUAUAAAUGAAAGAAAUAAUAAAGUUGAAUUUCAAUAAUUGUUUUAUUGUAUCAAUGAUUUGAUCACCAACUUUGGGCAGUUCUGGACAAAAAAACUAAUGCAGAUAGAAUCCUAAUAAUGAAAAUAAUGUAUAGAUAGGUGGUUACAAACUGUGAAAUUUUCAUUCACAUCAGACAACAUGCCAUUUUUGAAUUUCAGCCACGGAAAUCCCUAUGUGCGCCAUCUCUAAGAGGUCAGAGAGGAGGUGAAAAGCGGCCGAGCGCACUUUGCCUCACGUAGUUGGUGUAGUGCCUCGAACUCAGCGUUUGCUAACCGUAUCGAGGAGCAUAUAGCUGAGAAGAGGCAACGGUCGACAGAGAGCGAACCGAAAGCGCCAACAAAGAAAAGGAAAACGAAGGACGAGGCUGAGAAGCCAAAAGUCAAGCGAGCGGACGACAAUGAAAACACACUGGAGAAGGGUGAAGUCGAAAAAGAUAAUGACGACUUCAUUAGUCUUACAGGAGGUGGAGGGGUCACCUGAUCAGCACUCUGAGGUUAAUGAACCAGAAGUUGACGGUACUUCAGGUGAACCUCCACACAAGUAAGAUCGCAUCUGCCGGACUCUUUCUCAAUCUAGAGAAGGGCGGCUACGACGUGGCUUUAGUCCAGGAACCAUGGAUAGCAUCGGAUGACCUGACGGGGGUGGCGAUAAAGGAUUGCAGGGAUGAGCUCAUACUCCUUGCAUCCUGUUACCUGCCACAUGACGACGAGGCACCGACUGCAGGACUUCGGAGGCUGGCGGCUAUAUCCAGCAGAAGGAAACAGUCGCUGGUAGUUGGAGCUGACGCUAACGCGCACCACAUGGUUUGGGGAAGCCGCGAUAUUAAUGGAAGAGGUGAGUCCCUAUUAAACUUUAUAUUAAUAAGUAAUCUAGUGAUAGCAAACCGAGGGGAGGAACUUACGUAUAUAGGACCAACAUCGAAAAACAUCCUAGACAUAAGACUUUACACCAGUAGAGGUACAACGGUAGAGUACUGGAGGGUGCUAAGUACACCGUCAUUCUCUGAACACAGUUAUAUACGUUUCUCUAUUAGAACGGGGCUUAAAGCUAGACUUGAGGCUAGAAGAAACUAAAGAAUUACCAACUGGAUACGAUUAUUUAUGUAGCAGCUUUGAAAGAACAAAUGAGGUGGCAAGACUUAGAAAACUGUUAUCUAAAAGCCCCUAUUCGCCAGGCCUGAUUCGCAAAAACAACGGCGAGUGGACGGAGAAUUGCAGGGACUCCUUAGAGGUUCUAGUUAGCGUACACUUUCCGGGAUGCAAGAACACGCUACAGAACGCAAUGCAGCUGGUCGUGCCGUGGUUGCGAGUGAUAUUCAGAGGAUGUCUAAGGUUUGGUUAUGUACCGCACUCAUGGAGAGAGGCUAGGGUGUUUUUCAUACCGAAGACAGGUAAAAACAAUCCAACCUACUUGAAAGAGUUCAGGCCCAUAAGUCUAACCUCUUUGCUUCUGAAGGCGUUGGAGAAAAUACUAGAUGCACAUAUAAGGGACACAGCGCCUCUUGGCAGCUUGUCCAAAUCGCAACAUGCGUACACAAAAGGCAGAUCCUCUUGAUUUCUAGAAAGAUAAAAGCGGAAUGGAAUGAUGCCAGUGUGACCAAGGAAGUCUGUAGAGGUACUCCACAAGGCGGAGUGCUAUCUCCACUCUUAUGGACAUUAGUGGUAAACAACUUACUAAAACAGUUUGAAAACAAAGCUCCCAAGAUAACAGCGUAUGCGGAUGACAUCGCCAUCUUAAUAACGAGAAAGUGUCUGCACGUACCAAAUACUUAGGGGUAGUUUUGGACACCAAACUUCUGCUCUGUAUGCAUGCAGGAAGAUGCCUUGACCCUACCUGGGGGCUUUCUCCCACUCUCUGGUGCUACACAGCAAUAGUGAGACCAAUUCUGCUCUACGGUGUUCUGGUGUGGUGGACGGGUACUAGUAAAUCUACGUAUCGGAAGUUUAAGGGUAAGGUUCAGCGGCUUGCAGCGCCGAACCACUGCAGUAUAUUUCAAGCAGAGGUCUUUCCUAUUGGGAAGGCAGCAGAGCUAGCCUCCACCGCACAAGGCCAAUACUCUAAAAUUAACAUCUACGUAGACAGCCAAGCAGCAAUCAAGGCAGUAACCUCAUGUCGAAUAUCGGCCAAAAGUGUCCUGAGCAGCAGGGUAGCGGAGAUGAGGGUCGCCAGAAAUAUGAGGCUACACUUCUACUGGGUGCCAGGCCAUAAAGGCAAUGGCAACGAAAUCGUAGACGGGAUUGCCAAGAGUGGUGUACAGCUAUCACCCGGAAACAUGAUCAACAUCGGUAAACCCAUGCACAUUCUGUACGACGACAUAGACAGGAAAACUAGACAUAGAAAACUCAUAUCACGCUGGAAGGAUCUACCGGGGUGUAAAACUGCAAAGGUCAUGUGCAAAUCGGUAGAUCAAAAAUAUACAAGGUUCCUACUGGAGCUCGAUAGAAAGGGCUGUAGGACCAUGGUUGGCAUUCUUACCGGUCACAGCCUAGUAGCGGCACAUGCCUAUAAAAUGCGGCUGUCAGAUCGGGAGGAAUCCAAAAAAUGUCAAGAACGGGGCACCAAGGAAACAGUGGAGCAUCUCUUGUGCGUUUAUCCUGCGUUAGCGAGACAGCGUUUUAGGUACUUAGGGGCCCCACAGUACGAUAAGUUAGAGGAGAUAUCGUUAGUGAAGCCUCGUAAACUAAUAAAAUUCACGUCAGGCGCAGGCAUUCUGAACGAUGACUACUACUCAGGGAACACGUGAAGGCACUCCAUUCUGGUAUCGCAAAGGAUCAUAACUGGUCUAUGCGUGGCCUGCAGGCCUACCAGACCAACCUAACCUAACCUAAUAGUCUGUUAGUCUACCUCCUGCUGGGAUACGCAGAUGAUUUGAAUAUCAUUGGAAGCAAUAACCGCGCCGUUUGCUCUGCUUUUUCCAGACUGGAUAAGGAAGCGAAGCGAAUGGGUCUGGUGAUUAAUAUUAGGACAAGACGAAAUGUCUCCUCUCACUAACAAACAAACAGUCAGCGCAUUCGCGUCUUGGAUCCCACGUCACUGUUGACAAUCAUAAUAUUGAAGUCGUAGAUAAUUCUGUCUACCUUGGAUCAACAUCAAAAACACUAAAAAUGUCGGCCUCAAAAUCCAACGCAGGAUUAUUUUUGCCAACAGAUGCUACUUUGGACUGAGUAGGCAAUUGCAAAGUAAAAUCAUCUCUCUAUGAACCAUCCCGUCCUGAUGUAUGGUGCAGAAGCAUGGACGAUGUCGACAUCCGAUGAGACGACUCUAGGAGUUUUCGAGAGAAAGGUUUUGCAAAAGAUGUUUUAAGUUAAUUCGAAUCAUUAGCCUGUUGGAACCCAUGUACUGGUGGACUAUGUACGAGUAUUCGGAUGGUUUAUCUUAAAUUUUGCGCAGAGUGGUCUUCCUUAUUCCUAUUUCCUUCAUGAAAUUUUAUAACUUCAGAUCCACUUGAAGAAUAUAACACAACCACAACAAGUUGUUAUUUCACAACACAUGACAGAAGUUUCACAGAGAGAGGUUUUUUGAUGGUGCCUAAAUAUCUGUUACGUUACGUUAUUGUGUUAAUCAACAGCCGUAAGUAUUUGUUUCGAACUCUUCCCGAUUUAUUUUUGGAUUUUCUGAACAACAUAGUUUCAUUACUAAAUAUCAUUUUUCAGUAAAUAUUUUACUUGCCAUCACUUUAUAAAGGCAGAAUUGUUACAUUAUCUGCAAAAUCAAACAGAUAUACAUACGACUGACAACUUUGUCAGAGUAACCUCGUUAAAAAGGGAUGUUUUUUUUAAGUCUGAAAUCUGAAUUUAGUAUGUGUACGCCCAAUUUUGUGCGUUGAAUAUGUUCGACAUGAUUCUUUUAAUUUUUUUAAUAUACAACGAAAAUAACAAUAAACAUGAAAUACCGUGAAAUAUUACACUACACUGCAAUAAUUUAUUUAAAAAAUAUGUUACAAUGCUAAAUGGUUAAAUAUAAUAUAUCCGUAGUUAUCCGCUCAGUUUUGUGAUCAACUGUACAUAUCAAAACAUUAGAUUAAUCUUAUAUUUUUCACAAAACAAAAAAAAAAUAUUUUUUUUUUAAGUAUUUCAACCUUGCCUAACUACGCGUGUAACCACUUUCGCAAGGCCAUCAUCCGUUUCAUAGAUAUUAGAUAUUCAUUUGGCAUCGCAAAUGUGCGAUGAGUUUUUUGCCUCAACGAUACGCUUUUGACAUAACAAAUCGAACUAAAAAUUGUCUACGAAAACUUCUUUCAGUUGAGCUGAGUGAGUGGCUAACUGACAUCAAACUAAAAAUUCAUGGCCGCAGUUUCUCACGUUCAAAGUAUUUGCUGAUUCUCCUACUUUCCCUUGCCUAUAUUAUACUAUCCUAUAUUCUACCAUCUCCUGUCUAUUUUCGAUAGGUUUGACUCAUUCGAUGCUCAUUUUAGAUAACGUUGGAUGUGCUUGGCAACCACACCAUCAUCAACCCACCAUGUCCUGCGGCAAUGCGUGGUCGCUGAAUUUACGCGGCUAUGCUCGUUAGUCUUGCGCUGGCCAAAUUGCUUCAUCCACAGCUUACUUUUACUGAGGCUAUCUAGCUAUCUCUCGCAUGAAAUACUACAAUAAGUAACACCUGCAGCAAUCUAUAGAUUUCAUGCCGGGGUUAGAACAAAUGCUACGGGUUAUAUUUUGAAAACAGAGUCAUAAACACAUUUUCUUGUAUUAUAAAUUGUACACUGAAAUCUAUUGUAUUUACAGAGAUAAAAAAUUAAGAGGUAAUGUAAAUAUCCGUAUAUAAUUGUUAAAUUACCUAUUAGUAUAUAUUAUAUAUUUUAUUAAUGUAUUGUGCCUUACGCCUUUUGAUAGCUGUUUCAUUUACUAAUAUUUCCGCGUAAUUGUCUCUUUGCAAGUAUUUUCUACAUGCCAAUAAGAUUUGCGAAAAAAUUCAUUUUUUUAGAAAAUCGUUUAUACAGUUAACAGAACCGCAAAGAACGUCAUCAGGUUUGGUAUUAUUAUAAUGGCAUAUAAUAUUGCGUUCCACUGUUUCAAUAGAAUAUAAGUAGCGCCACACAAAGAGUAUAACAUACUGCCAUCAACCCUUGGAUCUAGUAUAUAGCUAAAUUAAUUCAGUAAAGUAAUCCCAAAAUGUAGCAAAACGCCAACCAACCAGGAAAGAAAAAUGAUUUUGCCUCAUAAUUCUAUUUUAUUAUUUAGCAUUCUAGCAUCUAAUGAAAUGUACAAAUUUCGAUAUCAGUUUCAUUAUAUUGUAGCACGGUGCAUUGUCUUAGUGAAACACACUUCUCUCUUUUCUAAAUGUGACUGUUUCUGUGGCUUGGUCCUUGAAAAGUUGAACGUAGUAUAUUCCUUAAAUGGUUUAAUAGGUGGAAUCGACUAAUCAAAAAAAGUGACAAAAAUGU